AUGCGUUGCUAUCUGCUUCUUGCAACAGCUGGCAUGGCACUUGCUGAUUACCGGUCUCAGAACUCGGGCUACGAAACUGCUGAAGUCAUGCAGCCUGCACCACCUUCUCCAGUAUCUGCUGAUGGAGGCGAUCAACAGGCAUACAAUACUGACGGCAAGCAAUUUCCUUCCGUAAGGCCUCCACCUCCAUCGCAAAUGUGUCCUCCCGCUCCUCCAACAAAUUACCCCACCCCUCGCAACCAUCCUACCCAGCUCCAUCUCCACCUAGCUACCCUAAAACUCCGCAGACUUCCUACCCAAAACCUUCUUACACAUCACAGCCCCAAACUACCUACCCCACCUGCUUACCCUGCACCAUCUCACCUGCCUACCCUGCACCAUCUCAACCUGCUUACCCUGCACCAUCUCAACCUGCUUACCCUGCACCAUCUCAACCUUCUUACCCAUCUCCACCUUCACCCAGCUAUCCUAAAAGUCCUCAGCCAAACCCAACUGUUCCAUCCACUUACACAGGACAAAGUAAACCAUCCUACCCUGCCCCAUCUCAACCAGCUUACCCAGGAUCGGCUCAACCUACCAAUGAAUUUCCAAUGGGCGGAAACAACAUCGGCUACAAAGCUCGCCUUCGCGCACGUCACUGAUUGCAUUUCGGUGUGGCACCGCUCGAUAUUCGUUGAACUGCUCAGAUAG